AAACCACAUAGUCUUUGUUUUACUGAGAGAACACUGCAGUUUGUUUACCCUCAGAGGUCCUAAUACAGGAAAGAGACUGACAGAAGACAAGUUUCUGAUCACCUAAAUAGAAUGACUGGCUUACUGAUGAUGGGGGACAAACUGCUGGAUAUGUGGACAAGAGAAGACAGAGGAAAACAGUUCAGAAUGGAUGAAGAGAGGGAAACACUGAAACACAAAAACAUUUCCCAUUCUAUUGAAGAAAUUCUGAGAAGACCGACAUGUAUCCGAAAAGACGAACGAGUUUAUCGGGAUUGGUCUGUUAUUAAAGAAAACGCUCAGGUACAUAACCAGCCCUCGUGCACAGAUUUCCCACAGAAACGACAUGAAGAGUCUUCAAAAUCUGCCACAGAAAGUCAGAAGAGGAAAAGGCAAACCAGGAUGACUUUCACCCCGUUCCAGGUCCAAGAGCUGGAGACAGUUUUCCAGCAGACUCACUAUCCAGACAUCAACACCAGAGACGGGUUAGCCUCCCGCCUGCAGCUCACUGAGGGACGAAUACAGAUUUGGUUCCAGAACCGCAGAGCUAAGUGGAGAAAGAUUGAAACACUGAAGGAAAUAGAGGUGAUGACCAGGCGGCACAUAUGUUCAACCAGUCAUCCGCAGCUUUAUUAUGAGGAACCGCCUCUUAAAUCGAUGUGGCUGUCAUGCUGGACACCUGAACCCGUGCAGUCAGGACUGUACUUCAGAUCCACACUAACAAAGGCAGUUCUGACCGGCACACAAUCCCACAGUCACAGGUCUGUGCUGACAUGUACGGGACAGAACGAAAGCCCCCUCAUCAUCUCACGACCUUAACACAGUUUUAAAAAGAAAUCUUUAUGUCAAAUGGAUAAUUAUUGCACAGUAUUGAAUCAGUAUUUGUACAAUUACACUUUAAUUCUCAGAAUAUGUUACAUUGUAUGUUGUGCAGGCAAAGUGAGAUAAGGCUGCAUGUCUGCAAAUAAAUGUUUUUCAUUUACCAAUAAAUAGAAUUUCUGAAUGAA